GGCACGACACAGCAAACUGCAGUCCUCUUCGUCUUUUGAUCCAUCCUCUGAUGCAAAUGGAUAUCAACAUAUCAACAUAUUGUCUUUAAGACCGACUGUGAGGAACAUCUCGGUACAUGGCCCGGCCGGAUGUUUCUAAAAAGCAUAGACCUCACUACUGCGUUGAGGCCGUCCUAUUUACCAGAUGAGGUCCUCUUGUUUGUCCAGGACAAUGUCGGUCUCUACGAGGGGAAAUCCAAAAUCCCAGAUCACCAGAAUGGUUCAGUCUACUUGACAUCACACCGAAUUUGUUAUGUCGACAAUGCCGAUCCACGAAAGAACUCUGCUGCAAUUGAUCUGAAGGACAUUGAUCGUUUUGAGUUCUAUGCAGGCUUUCUAAAGUCUUCUCCAAAAAUAACCCUCAUCCCAAAGCCGUCCAAACGAUCAUCAGUACAAAGCCGCGCCGUAUCCAGUCUCGGCAGCCCAUCUAGAAGCGCCACUUCUUCUCCGUUGUCCCGUACAGACAGUCCGUUUCGUGUACCUACAACUGAGCCUCCCCCUGCGAGUACUGCGACCUGGAUAUGUCCUAUAUGUUCUUUCUCAAAUCCUGUACCUUCUAACUUUGACCCGGCGACUGCGAGCGCACACACCCCGUUGGCACCAUGUUUAGCCUGUGGUAUAAAGCCACCGCUGGCCCUCGUUCUUAAAGCGGCAAUCUCAAGUGUUACGAAUAGACCGCCGCCUUCUUCCUCGCAGUUCUCGGGAGCCCCUUUACCCAUACGAGGUCGCACUGAUCUUCCUUUGUCGCCGUCAGAUACAUCUACUCGUCCCCAUUCGCAGAGCCCAAUAUCUAAUUCAAAUGGGGCAUUGCAGAGCAAUACCAGAGCCUCCUUUCAGUGUCCUCGAUGCACUUUUGAAAAUCAUCCUUCUCUGCUCUCGUGUGAGCUUUGCGGUGCUCCUUUGAUUUCGCAAGACCCCUCUAGCGGGUUAGAUAACUCUACUCUACGGGCAGAAUCCCCUGGUCCAACCCUGAGCCAUCUACAACUCCCUGGCAUUGAGAACGAGAGUAUCAAGUUAUCUUUUCGAGCUGGAGGUGAAAAGAUUUUCUAUGAACGGUUAAAGGGAUGCAUGACACAGCGGAAAUGGCUCUUGCAGGGAGCACCACCAGUUCCAAGACCAAAUCGAGCAAGCGGAACAGAAAGCGGGAUAUCUUGGUCGGGUACCUCAACUCCCACGGGUGAACGGAUGAAGACAGUCGGGAUCGCAGGUCUUGAGCAAAGGCGUCUUGAAGUGCAGAAGAACAAUGAAAUCAUCAUAGGGAACGCCUUUGAAGACCUUGAGGCUUUGAUGGCUUCGGCCAAAGAGAUUGUUGCCCUUGCAGAAUCAUUCGCUAGUAGUAACGGCAAUACAAGUUCUGAAUCUAGCGCAGUCGCGAACGCCCUGGGCCUCGUUACUACAAAAGAUAUGUUAGGCGGAGGAAGCAACUCUGAAUCCUUGUAUAUUACCGAACUGUCAAGGAACCUGGCUGAAUUUUUGACGGACGAUGCCAGAGGGGUCUUGCGAAAGGCGGGAGGAAUCAUUAGCCUUGUCGAUCUUUGGGCCAUGUUCAACCGUGCGCGCGGAGGAGUUGAACUCGUCAGUCCCUCGGAUUUUGAGAAGGCGGCGAGGUUAUGGGAGAAGCUAAAGCUUCCAGUAAGGUUGAGGCAGUUCAAAAGUGGUGUGCUAGUGGUCCAGGGUAGCGAUCGGACGGAUGAGAAGACUAUCAAGGCGUUGUUGGCUUGGCUUAGUAGCCUUCAUUCGGUCCCGCCUGAUAAAGAGCUUGCGUGGGACUGGCAAACAUUUGGUAGAGGCGUAACUGCUCAUGACACUGCGGAACACUUUGGCUGGAGUAUUGGUGUUGCGGAGGAAGAACUGGAGAUGGCCGAGGAUAGAGGGGCUCUUUGCAGAGAAGAAAGUGAUGAGGGUCUCAAAUUUUGGGAGAACUGGAUCGACCCGGAUCAGUCCCCCUCCUCAGAUCAACCAUAUAAUGUCAUAUGA